AUGCCAAUCUCGGAAUCCCAAGGACGAACACUCGAAAUCGUCGAGAGGGUAGCCUCGACCUUCUCUCUCCUCGGCACUGCCUUUAUAGUUACCACGUUUAUCUUGGAUAGCAACUUCAGGAAACCUAUCAAUCGACUCGUUUUCUUCGCAACAUGGGGCAAUCUAUUGGCCAAUGUCGGGACUCUCAUCUCGAGGUCCGCCAUCCAUAUGGGUUCGACUUCUCCAUUAUGCCAGGCUCAGUCAUUUCUCAUCCAAUGGUUCAUGCCAGCUGACGCACUUUGGACUUUUGCUAUGGCCUGUAAUGUCUAUCUAUCCUUCUUUCGCCAUUAUGACUCGAGCCAGUUGAGAAGGCUAGAAUGGACAUAUUUUGGUGCAUGUUAUGGUGUUCCAUUGAUACCAGCUCUAACAUUUCUUUUUGUGAGCACACCAAGCAGAGGCAAGAUCUAUGGGGAUGCAGUGCUCUGGUGCUGGAUUUCACCCAAAUGGAGCGUUCUCCGGAUCGCCGCAUUCUACGGCCCCGUAUGGAUCGUCAUCUUGACAACGAUAGUUAUCUAUAUACGAGUCGGGGUCGUCAUCUUGAAGUGGCGCAAGAAACUCAUUUCCAUCAACGAAAGCACGUCACGCGACUUUGCAAUGAAGGAAUUCACACCACCUGCACCACCACCGCCACAAGGGUCGGAGAUCCGUUGUGAGGUCACCGUCACCAGUCAGUUGCACGAUACGUCAGACUACUAUUCAAAAUCACAAGGCCCGAACUCUCCACGGAGCACACACAUCGAAGAGACAGAGGUACCUGAUGCAAUACGAGAGCGACACUCUGUCAUCACGCCGUCCCAGCCAUCGUUCCGGGGAAUUCAGACUACCGUGGCAGCAGCGCGACCUCCUAUUCGGACUCUCGAUGCCAAUAAGGCGACAUUAAGCUAUUGCAAGACAUCUCUACUCUUCUUUUUUGCCCUUCUCUGUACAUGGGUCCCAUCCACCAUCAACCGCGUCCACGCACUCAUAAAGCCCGACGCCAACAUCUUCGGCUUCGACCUCGCAUCAAGCAUAGUUCUCCCCUUACAAGGAUUCUGGAAUUUCAUCAUCUAUGUAGUAACGAGCUUCGCAGCAUGUAAAGCCAUAUUCCGACGGUUAAGAUUCGAGUCCGGGCUGUUUCCAUCACGACGACAAAACAACAAUCCUUCACAUACCCACUCGAAUCCUCGACGAACCUCAUCCUUGACCCUAUCAAAACAUAACCGUCGCAAUACCCUAGAAUCCGACGACACGAGAGCAGAGAUUGCAAUUGGAUUUGAAACCAAGAAUCGAAUGGUGGAUCAUAGUUAUACGAAUCGCAGUUCGACCGAUGAUGAGAUUUUGAUUCAAGGAGGAGACGCGGAGAGGGGCGUGGGGUUUGAUCGCAGAUAA